AUGGUUCUCCCUCCUCCUCCUCCUCCUCCUCCCCUUCUGCUCUUCCCGGAGGACUUCUCUCACCUUCCUUGA